AUGGAGAGAAGACAUAAAGGCCAUGAGAUCGGAACCACCAUUCAAACGCACGGCCAUGAACAAGCUGGGAAACAUGAUGGUGGAAUCCUCCAUCGUUCUGGGAGUGGCAGUUCCAGCUCCUCUGAGGAUGAUGGGGAGGGAGGAAGAAGGAAGAAGAAAGGUGUGGUGGAGAAGAUGAAGGAAAAGUUACCUGGUGGUGAUCAUGGUGGCGAUGAGCAGAAGACAUCAGCCACCACCGUCGCUGGUGGAUAUGGAUAUGAAGCAGGGGAGGAAGGGCAUGAGAAGAAGGGACUGAUGGAAAAGAUAAAGGAGAAGUUGCCAGGGGGUCACCAGUAAUCACCCGUCUGUUUGGUUGAGUCAUGAGAUGCUAUAUAUAUAUAUAUAUAU